CGGCCGCAGGUAGAAAAAUACACGCGUGCUUCAAACGUGGUCAAAUCGCGUUCGUGGAGGCGUAUUAAAUAAUUCAUGAAAAACCCGUUCUUAGUUUAAAAGCAACACACCUUUUCUUGUUAUUUUAUUGUUCCACCCACAAAUAGCCCUCAGUAAAUUACUAAUAAAUUCAUUUGAAAAUUUAAGAAAAUUUUGCCUUCUGUGGCACGUCUCUUUGCACCCCCAAUUUCAUAGACUCAGAAGAGACAGAGUGCCUAUAUAUAUAUAACCCCCUGUUCUGUCCAUUAAACCCUUCUUCUCUCUUUCUUUCUUCUCUCCCAUUAAUCCCCAUUUCAUUGUUAGUUUCCCAAUUUCAAUCGCAAAUUGCCCACUUCCUCCGACGUUACAGAAAAUCGACAAAAAGAGGAAGUCUUCUUUCCUCUGAAUUUCAGUUUCCGACAACACCACAGGUAUAUAUUCCCUCCAAUUGAAAUUGAUCUCCAAUAAUUACUUCUUGAAUUUUGCAUUGUCGGAAUUGAAAAUUGACACACAUCCUCGUUCUCCACAAAAAGAUUUUCCCCUUUUUUAAUCAGCCCGUAACGUAAAUGUGACAUCAUUGUGUGUGUUUUCCCGUUCCCUCGUUUUGUAUUUAAAAAGCAUGGUAAAAUUGGUAACACCCGAGUAACGUUUGGUUUGUGUGAUUGGUGGCUGUUCCCUUUGAAGGUUGGUUGAGUACGCAGUUUCCAACAUUUGUUUUCGUUGAACGUAUAAGUUUCUUUUCAAUCAGGUUCGGGUUUUUCACCGUUCGUAUCUCCUCAAUUUCUGUUUUGAUUCUCCCCAGCUUUGGUGUGAAUUCUGGUGUUUCUCUGUCUGUCAAGAAUUGUUUUUUUUUUUUUUUUCCCCUGAAGUGUUCGUUUCUUACAUUUUUGUUGCAUUUUGAUUAAAAUGAUGAGUUUUUGAUUCCGAACAAAAGGGUUGGUAUUGGAAUCGUUUUAGAACUUUUGAUGCUGCCAGGACAAUGUCGAUGACUCCCAAGAAUUGAUUUUUAUUUGGGUUCAGUUAUUUCCCUUUCCCCCAGCCAUCCAGACAAAUACAUUUGAAAAUCUUUGGCUAAAAUGCCUGCCUUCAGAGCUGUAUCUAAUUGAACUGCUGAUGUGAUGGAAUGAGACAAAUAAAGCUUUCAUUUCAUUUUCCAUUUUCAUUGUUAUUUAAGCAUUGAUAUUAGGUCAAUUCUCACUACAACGACAAGAAAGCGACAAUGAUUUUGUCAAUAUAUCCACCAAUCACUUUCAUGGGGUUCUCCACUAGGAAGGGGAAAAAAGAACAAGUGAAUUGUAAAUUGCAUUUCUAUUUCGAUCCCAGUAUUUGUUAUCAAUUUGCCCUGUUCUUACUGGUGUAAUGAAACUGAAAGUUUACUGAUGUUAUCACUAACUUCCAACGGCAGUCACAUUGGAUUGCGUGAUGGCAACUACUGUAUGGGGGUGUUUUUAAUUUUAAUCGAUUAUUUUCCAUAUCACGGUUUUGUUUUCUUUCUGAAAUUUAUUGUUCUGGGUCCAAUGAUUUAAUGUCAUCCCAUGCCAGUGCCACUAUGUAGGACAUUUAUGUGUGGUUGCAUAUGCUCCUGCUUUUCUCCCACUUUCUGGUCUUACAUCUUCAGAAGUAUAUCUCCGUCGCUAUACAUUUUACCCAAAAUAAUUGUUGCUCUUUCAUUAUUUUUCAGAAUGCACUCUAAUAAAGUACAGAAAUGUCUGUGGUCUGCUUCAAUACUGUUAUCAUCUUGCUAGUUUUGUCUUUUACCAGAUAACUUGCCCUGUUUUGUUGCUCUUCAACAUCAGUGCCUAGUAAGAGUUUAUUCAUUUUGUCCAUCUUUCCAAUAUGAUGUUCUUGAUUGAUUGACAUAUAAAGCUAUGAACCUUUACAGGUUUCUGAAACUUUCCUACUGUUUACGUAUUUGUCCAUUGAAUAUCUUGCAGUGGUAGACGGUGUAGGGAAUAAUGCAUUUUAAUUUAUGCUGCUUAUAGUUUCAAUAACUUGCACUGGUUAUUAGUUUGUAAUUUAGUCGCUUUCCCAUUCUUAUCCCCUUCUAGGCCCAUACGGAAUAGGGACUUGAGAAGCAUUAGGUGGUUAGCAUUACUUCUCCUUACCCCCCUUGCUUUCCCAUCUUCUUUGUUUAGGUUUCAAGUAUUUCUAGGAAAAUAUUCCUAAUGGUUCUGUUUCAGAGAACUAGUUUCAAAUACUUUUGCAGCUUAAAACAUUUGUGAUUCUAGACUUUUUCAUAGCCCAAAUUGGUUUAACCACUCGACAGUUUUAUUGUGUGAUGUGCAAUUCUUAACAUGGGCUUCAUUUACCGAGAUGGUAAUUUUUUUAUUUGGUUUCAAACUUUUCAUAACAUAGUGUUUCCAAGUAUUUUUGACAGUCAUAUACUUAUGUGCAAGUGGUAAAGGGAUUUGCGACUUCUGUUUUCAACCUAUAAAGUCAAAACCUUUGCGAUUCCUUAUUCACUUCAGGUUUUUCCUUAUGUUUCUUUUGAUUCCUAUGUUAGGUCAACAUGUAUGCCAGUCAAAUUUGGCCUUCACAUGCAUUGGGCUAUGUGACCAACUUGCAAAGUUGGCACACCUGUUUUUUCUUUAAUAUUUUGCUCUUUGCCCAAACUAUAGAUUUGAGGCCAAGUUGCUGCAGUACUUAAUCUAGACCUCAAAACUGUUUUUGCAGUGAUUACAUUUUUAAUAGAGUGCCUCGGCCUGAAGUUAUGAUGUUCAAGCUUCUGCUGCAUUCUGUUUGAUGGACUACACUCCAGCUAGUAGUGACAAAGAAACUCUCAAGAAGUGGUUUUUCAUUGACAAAAGAGUUGGUUAAAGAUAACUUUGAGGUUCAGGUAGCAGAAAAACCUGCUUAAUUUGAGCCCAGUUAAAAGUUCAAGAGCGCCGAGUCACUUUAAGCCUAGUACAGCAUCUCUCGGGACAAUGGACCUGAAAGCAAAUCACACUUCCCCUGUCCUUGCUGAUCCUGCUCCUAUGAACGAAUCAAUGUUAGGCUUGCAUUCUGCCAUGUUGCCAUACUCCCCUAAUGGUGCAACUUUCUCACCAGCACUCUUCCUCACAAUUCCGAGGAAGAAGACUGGUAUACUGGAUGAUGUAAAGUCUGUUUCUUGGCUGGAUGCCAUGAGGGCAUCGUCUCCUACUCACAACAAAGUGGCUGCUAAAGAUUUGAGCCAUGAUCAGCAGUCAUCAAAUGAUACAGACAUUGUAUAUCGUAACUGGAUGCUCAAGUAUCCGUCAGCUCUUGCAUCUUUUGAGCAGAUUACUAACUCUGCAAGAGGCAAAAGGCUAGUUUUGUUUUUGGAUUAUGAUGGUACUUUAUCGCCAAUUGUUGACAAUCCUGACAACGCCUUCAUGUCAAGAGCUAUGCGUGCUGCUGUGAAAAAUGCAGCAAAAUACUUCCCCACGGCAAUAAUAAGUGGUAGAAGUCGUGACAAGGUAUGUGAGUUUGUAAGACUGACUGAGCUUUAUUAUGCCGGCAGUCAUGGGAUGGACAUAAUGGGUCCUGUCCAACCUGUUUCCAAGGACCACAAGAAAUGUAUCAGGUCCAUUGACAAUCAGGGUAAGGAGGUUAUUUUAUUCCAACCGGCGAGUGAGUUCUUACCCAUGAUAGACGAGGUCUUAAAAGCUUUGAUAGAGAAGACAAAAGAUAUCAAAGGAGCAAAAGUUGAGAAUAAUAAAUUUUGUGUGUCGGUGCACUAUCGGAAUGUUGAAGAGAAGUACUGGACAACGAUUGCGCAAUAUGUCGAAGAAGUUAUGAAACAGUAUCCUCGAUUACGUCUAACGCACGGUCGAAAGGUUUUAGAAGUCCGACCUGUGCUUGAUUGGGACAAGGGGAAAGCUGUUGAAUUUUUACUGGAAUCACUUGGUAUGCAGAUUUGCUGCUUCAUAUUGGAUUCUAAACAUUCUUCCUCUACAGUCUACAUUAACUUUAAUAAUGUCAUACGAAAGUAGUCAAUUUGACACUUUGAUAAAUUAUGUAGGCUUGAGCAACAGUGACGAAGUAUUACCAAUAUACAUUGGAGAUGACCGAACCGAUGAAGAUGCCUUCAAGGUAAAACCAGUAACAGAAAGAACCUCAUUGUUUCCGUGGAUGAUUAGAUAUUUAAUAGGUUGGUUUUCAUUGUGAAUAUGAACAGGUUUUGAAAGAUAGCAACAGGGGUUAUGGAAUCUUGGUGUCAUCUGUACCUAAGGAAAGUAAUGCAUCCUACUCCCUCAGGGAUCCAUCAGAGGUAAAGAAAAAAAUAAAAUAAAAUUUCUUACUAUUGUACGGUCAAUGUGAAAUGAGAUAUCUCAAUUGGUUUUCCAGUUUCAGAGAACUUCUUUUGGCUGCAUUAUUGAGUUAUGGUAUGUAUGCUUUUUUCUUAGGUGAUGGAUUUCCUGAAGCGUUUGGCAAGAUGGAAGAUGUCAAGUGCUCUAUAGUCGGGGAGAUUGAAGAAGCAAAAGAAGAGUUUAACACAUUGAUUAAUACGUAUACCAUUAAUUAGAGUACAAUUCCGGGAUUUAGCUUAGUCUUGUUUAAGAAUAAUAAUAAAUAAUAUGAUUGGGGUUUAGGAGCAGAGGUGCCUCUCAUAUGUAUCCAGCAACUUGUGGAGCAGGGACAGUAGUUUUGUUGUGUCCUGCUCGUGACUUCCCCUGUAAAUCCCCCCCUUCUUUUCUCAGACGGUCUAAUGGUGCCAGGGAUGCCCCCAUUCCCGAGCGUGGUGUAAAUCAUGCUUUGUAUUCUUAUUUCAGUUCCCAUUUAUAUUUUCAUUUGUUGAUUUCUCCCAAAGGGGGUGCAUAUCAACAUUCAUUUAUUUCUUGUAUUCACUUUUUACAAUGAAAUUCAUUGUUAAAGUUUAUUCUUGAAUUGUUUACAUACUCCCUCCAGCCUAAACACGACAAUCAUUUUGGGUAAUGAAACGCUUUUUAUAUCUAAGGUAGAAUUUGUAUUUGUUGUGCGCAAUCUUAGUUAAAAUGCGGUGCCUGAGACACACAAUUCAAGUAUGUUUGAUGAUUUCUUUGAUUCUUUGGAUCAGAGUUUGUCAUUGAGAUGCGAA